AUGCCUUCAGAAGCCGGUCACCGACUAUACGUCAAGGGACGUCACCUGAGCUACCAGCGCUCUCGUCACACCACCCGCCCUGCUACCAGCCUGAUCAAGAUCGAGGGUGUUGACGACACCAACGCCGCCAACUUCUACCUCGGCAAGAAGGUCGCUUUCGUCUACCGUGGCCAGAAGGAGAUCCGCGGUACCAAGAUCCGUGUCAUCUGGGGCAAGGUCACCCGUCCUCACGGAAACUCUGGCGUCGUCCGCGCCAAGUUCACCUCUCCUCUCCCCACCAAGUCUUUCGGUGCUUCCGUUCGCGUCAUGUUGUACCCUUCGUCGAUAUAA